AUGCCGUCCCUUCGACCGUGGGAGGGGCUGCGAGACCUGUGUGGGAAGUACGGCGACAUUAUGGGCAUGAAGAUCAUCGGUAGCCCCGUCGUUGUCCUCAACUCCGCAGACGACAUUCUCCAGUACCUAGACCGCCGGUCAGCCACCACUUCAAGCCGGCCGUACACUGCCAGCCAUGAGCUCCUCGGCUUGACACGCAUCUUCUCGUUCAUGCCAUAUGGUGACGAGUGGAGGGUGUAUCGGCGCGCGAUGUGGCAGCAUUUUACCCCCAACGCGGUCACAAAGUACUUGCCUGCAAUGGAGUGGUCGUCGCGGGUGCUCCUUCACAAGUUGCUUGAGUCGCCCGAUCGCUUUCAAGAUCAUUUUCAAGACACGGUCGGCGCUACCCUCAUGAAGGUCAUAUACGGCCUUGAUGCCAAAUACGAAAACGACGAGGCUCUGAUGACUAUCGACAAAGGGCUGGAAGCCGGCCGGGAAGCUUUGAUCCCAGGAAACUUCCUUGUCGAUGUCCUUCAUUUCCUCCGUUAUCUGCCCUCCUUCUUUCCCUCUCAAAGGCACUUUGCACGGCUGCGUGCCCAGGCCAAGAAUAUGCACGACAUGCCCUAUGCCCUCCAUAAAGCUGCCGCGAUGCGCGACGAAAUGGGCGACUGCGUUGUGUCGGGUGUCCUUGCGCGAUUUGUGAAGAAUCCCGAUGACGAUAUAUAUGAUAUCUCUGUGAACGCCGAAGGCGAUGAGGUAGCGAGAGGUGUAACAGCGGUCAUCAUUGCAGCGGGAGCGGACACGACUCCCGCAACCCUCAAGGCGUUUGUCCUGGCGAUGUCACUUUAUCCCGACGUUCUGAAACGCGCCCAAGCCGAAUUGGAUUCGGUAGUUGGACCUGAUCGCCUGCCUGACCUCGCAGAUUGUGACGCGCUGCCGUAUCUGCAUGCGAUAUACCUUGAGACGCUUCGUUGGAUGCCGGCGGUACCGCUCGGCCUCGCUCACAACACUACCGAAGACGAGCAGUUUGGCGACUACUUCUUGCCGGCCGACACCAUGGUCAUCGCUAAUGUCUGGGCAUGCAUGUACGACCCCAACGUCUAUCAUCAUCCGGAGGCCUUCAUCCCAGAGAGGUUCUUGCGCGACGGCAAGAUCGAUCCGGAUGUGAGGAACCCGAAAGACUACGUAUUUGGUUUUGGGAGACGUAUCUGCCCGGGCAGACACUAUGCCGAAAACGCCCUCCUCCUGACCAUCUCGCAUCUCAUCCACGUGUUCGACUUCCAACCUCCGGUGGAUGAGAAUGAGCGCGUCAUUGUGGUCGAGCCGAAGUUGGUCAGCGAAUUUGUCUCGAGGCCGGAGGACUGCAGGUGCCGCGUCGUGCCACGGUCCCCCCAAGCCGCUGCUCUGAUAGUGGACGAGUUCAGCCAAGGCCGCAAUCAGUGA